AUGGCGGCCAAUCUCAACAGCGACCAGCCAGGAUUGGAAAGAUAUUCGUUUGUUUUCCGGUCUUUCCAGGAGUUGAAGGAGAGCUUCAACUAUGGCUUGUUCUGCCCACCGAUCAACGGUAAAGCCGGCAAGUUUCUCGACGAAGAGCGACGGCUCGGCGACUACCCAUUCAACGGUCCAGUGGGCUACCUCGAGUUAAAAUACAAGCGGCGUGUGUACAAGAUGCUGAAGCUCGACGAGAAGACUCUGAAGGCGCUGCAUUCGCGCGCGAACCUGCGCCGCUUCCUGGAGCACGUGACGCACGGACAGAUAGACAAGAUCAGCAAGGCGUGCUCCAAGGGACUUGACCCUAACUUCCACUGCCAGGAGACAGGAGGUCAGGUGCCGAAAGUGUGA